AUGCUUCCCAGUCAUCUUGAUUUAUUAUCUAGCAACGUUGCCCUGCAUCCAGAUGCACCUGCUUUCAAGGUCCCGAUCAUGAGUGUCACGGACGACGGGGUCUCGGAGUGGUAUACGAUCACUUACCAGCAGUUCCAAAGUGAUGUUGACAAAGCCGCCGCCUACUGGUCUCAAGAGUUGCUCAAAGACGGAGUUUGCAAACGGUCGAUCGUCGGCUUGUGGUUCGGUGGGAUGACCUACAUGGACGUUGUUCAUAUUUAUGGCGUCUCGAAAGCGGGAUAUAUUCCCCAACUAUUCAGUCUUCGUCUCCCGGAACCGUCAAUCAUAUACGAGCUUCUGAUGAAGGCCGGCGCUAAGGCGCUCAUAGUUGAUCAGGCCUUAGCCGCGACCCCAAGCAACAGCCCGGUUCCCGCUCAUACUGCAGUUCACUUAUCAAAGCUUCAAUUCGACCUCGACCCCGAAUCGUGGGAGCCAUGUCUCAUUCCAGAGGUCGCUCUCGAUGACACCGUGUUCAUCUUCCAUACCAGCGGCUCUACAUCGGGUAGCCCCAAGCUGGUUCACUGUAAUCAGAAGUGGCUUCGCAGUAUGGCCAGCAAGGCGAAGCAGGUCUUUGCACCGAGAAGUUCACGUCCUUCGGCGGAUGUUUUCACUUGGGGUGGGAGUAUGUGUCACAUCGCGCAGAACUUUGCUUUCCUCGGGUACUUUCAACACAACGCGUGCGUCGUACAACCGACUGUGCUUGCGUUUCCAUCAGAGGAAUUGGUGGACAUGAUCACUCGUUGCGGUCUCAACCGUCUGAAUCAGUUCGCGACGUAUCUCACCAUUCAUCUCAAGAACUCUAGACGGGAUCCCAAGCUCUUAUCCCUUCUGGCACAGCUCGACGAAAUCUUAUACACGGGUCUUCCUCUAAACCGCGACGAAGAGGCUUGGGCCUACCAAAACAAUCUUAACUUAAGGAACGUUUUUGGGAACACAGAAUGUGGAGCGAUGCUGCUAUCUGUAGGGCGUGGCCAUCCAACACCUUGGCUCCUCCGACCCUUAGAAAAGACAUCGUACGGAUUUGUGCCCAUCGAAGGCGAAGCUACAUCGUCCGAGACGAACCAUUCAUCCAGUACACGGAUGCUCGAGCUUGUCAUUUUUGCCGACUCGGAGGACUGCCCCGCAGCUUCGCUGUGCCAAGCUGAUGGCCAUUUCCACACCGGUGAUCUGUUCAAUGAAGUGUCGCCCGGUCUCUACAUCUCUCGUGGUAGGAACGAUGAUUGGAUCAAAUCAGAAAACAGCCUCCGUUGCGACACCAAAGCAAUCGAAGACAAUGUUCGCGCGAUGUGCGGCGACCUUGUUGGGGACUGCAUCGUCGUUGGGUCCGGGAGGCCAUCACCAGUCCUGUUUGUUGAACCAGCGACCGACGGCAUGGAUGAGGAGAAAUUGAAGAAGACCAUCAUUCGCAAGACGCGUGCUUUCCACGUGAGGCGGUAUCUUCACGAACGGAUCACGUCUACGAAGAUGAUCGUUGUGGUCGCCCCGCGUCAGUUGCCGCGUACAGCCACAAAGGGCAACAUUCGUCGCAAGUUGGUAGAAGACCUAUACAAGGACGAACUAGAUCGCAUAUUCGGUGUCAAAGCUGGACUUUAA